GACAACAAACCGAAAGAGAAGUGAAGUUCUGUCCCUCCAGAAAGUUGUCGCUAUAGAGGGUUGAAGACAUGGAGAGCAGCAUGGAAAAGAAGCACACGGGACUCAAAGUUGUUAUAGCCGUUAUCUUAGCCAUCCUGGCAGCGAUUCUGAGUUGGGAAGAUGAUGACUUUGAGCACACGUUCAUGGAGAGAUGUCAGAAGUUUAAAGGGGCCAACUGUCACACCAUAUGGGACGCAUUUCAACAGGCCUACGUUAACAAAGAUCAUUGUGAAGUUCCCACAGAGGCUUAUGAUCCCGUCAUUGCUGCAGCUCCUAUGGAAUCUGCCUGCAACACAUUGAUGUUCUGGAGCAAGACAAAGGAUGUGGUCCAUCACUUCACUAGGAAAAACAGCUAUUUUAAGACUGUGGAAGAUGUCCUGCUGUAAUCGGUCCUGGAUAAGCAAGUCUGGUGUGGAAAGAAGGGCAGCGAUGAAAUUUUCACCACUGGUUGCCCUGGAUGGACAGAGUGUGAGAAGAGCCCUGUUCGCUCAUUUUGGAGCAGACUCUCAACUGCGUUUGCAGAUUCUGCUUGCGGGGACGUCACCGUGAUGCUAAACGGUUCGCUCCCAACACCGUUUGAUGAACGAAGUAUAUUUGCCAGUGUUGAGUUGAAGAGAUUUGAGUUUCCCAGGGUGACACACUUGACUGUUGUUCUGGUCACCCAGGAGAACUCAGAGACAGACUGCUCAAAUGAAUCUUUACAAAAAUUGGAGAAGGAGCUGCGGGACAAAGGGAUCGGUUAUAGGUGCUCGGCAGUGACUCAGUGAGUAAAAUAUGAU